AUUUACCGCCUAAACCCGAAUGAACAAACAAAAAAUUCCCGCCAAAGUUUUCCCCAUGUAUCAUCUGCUUCUCAAAACAUAAUGUCUUCGUUCAAGAUUCCAACCAAAACGACGCUGCGAUGGUCGCUGCAAAUACGGUGAGCAAUAAUCCAAACCCUAAAUCCAAAAAUGCAUACCACAUUGGAGGUAUCCAAGUGGAAUUCCCGUACCAGCCGUAUGGUCCUCAGCUGGCUUUCAUGGGUAGAGUGAUUUCCACGCUGGAUCGAGCCGUAAGAGACGGCCAUUGCCAUGCGCUACUCGAGUCACCCACCGGUACUGGAAAAUCACUCUCGCUUCUUUGUUCCACUCUCGCGUGGCAACAGAAUUAUAAGUCUAAGCAACAGCUCGCGGAUCUUACUCAAUCCAAACCUAAUCCCGAGGCAAUCACUGAUCCUAUAGGUCAUGGCGGUGGAUUUAUUCCUGAAACGCAACCCUCAAGUAUUCCACCUUCAGGAAACCUGGAGGCAGCUCAACCUGCUGCAGUUAGCAAAACUCAAAAGAAAAAGGCUGCACCGACUAUAUUUUACUCUUCGAGGACACAUGGACAAAUUACUCAAGUGAUUCGUGAAUAUCGGAAGACUGCAUAUAGGGUGCCCAUGGCAGUGUUGGCUUCAAGGAGACAUUACUGCACAAAUGCACACGUAAAUGGGAAGGAAAAUAUUGAUGAAGAAUGCAAACUUCUCUUGAAAGAUCCAGAUGCUGGGUGCUUACAAUUCAAAAAUGCACAUAAAGUUAAAGGUCAUCCAUCGCUUCAAAGGGGAGGUUGUCAUGAGGUCCAUGAUAUUGAAGAUCUUGUCAAAGUUGGAAAAGUUGUUAGAGGCUGUUCAUAUUAUGCAGCUCGCUCAAUGGCAGAUGAUGCACAGUUAGUUUUCUGCCCAUACAACUAUGUAAUAAAUCCAGUCAUCCGAGGAGCAAUGGAAAUAGACAUUAGAGGGGCCAUUCUUAUUCUCGAUGAAGCCCACAAUAUAGAAGACAUUGCCCGUGAUGCUGGUAGUGUGGAUGUUGAAGAAGAUAUUCUAUAUAAAUUGCAGACGGAAUUAGAGCAACUUUGUGUACACAAUACCUCGAUUUACCAACCAUUAUAUGAAAUGACACAGGAUCUGCUAAGUUGGAUUGACCAAAGGAAAAGCACAUUGCAGAAGCAUGGUUUUCAGCACUACUUCUCUAGUUGGAGCGGUGAUAAGGCUUUGAGGGAGCUCCAAGAGGCUAAUAUUUCACAACAGUGCUUCCCAAUCUUGCUGGAUUGUGCCCUAAAGGCAAUUAAAGCUGCGACAGAUACAGAACCAGACAUAGCUCAUUUAAGUGGCAUGGCAGUGAUAGUGUUGGAAGGGUUAUUUUCCUCACUUACUUAUUUCUUCUCGAGAAAUGGUUGCCAUGUAUCCGACUAUCAACUUGCAUUGCAACGGCAUAUUAAGAGAGAUAGAAAAAGUCCCGUUGGUGAAUGGACGCUAACUCUAAGCUUAUGGUGCUUGAAUCCUGCUGUUGUUUUCAGAGAUAUUGCUGAUCUUUCUUUGUCAGUAAUUUUAACUUCAGGGACUCUAUCACCGAUGAAUUCCUUUUCAUCUGAGCUUGGAGUUCAGUUUGGAACUUGUUUGGAAGCGCCACAUGUAAUUGACAAUGAAUCACAAGUGUGGGCUGCUGUAAUAUCCACUGGUCCAGAUAAUUAUCCACUGAAUGCAAGUUACAAAACAGCAGAUGAGUUUGCUUUCCAGGAUGCACUUGGUAAAACUUUGGAGGAAAUUUGCAUGAUUGUUCCAGCUGGCUCUCUUGUGUUCUUCCCAAGUUAUAAACUGAUGGAAAAACUGUGUAAUCGUUGGCGUGAAACUGGUCAAUGGUCUCGACUGAAUGCAAAAAAGUCACUCUUUGUUGAACCAAGAGGAAGCCAAGAGGAGGAAUUUGACUCUGUUUUAAAGGGUUAUUAUGACUCGAUUUGUAAAUGCAACACACAUGCUGUUGGAAGAAAGAAAAGAGUCAAAAGGUUGGACCUUAAAAAGGCUGUAGAAUCCACAGAAAAUUUAGGAAAAGGAGCUGCUUUUCUUGCUGUUUGCCGGGGCAAGGUCUCAGAAGGAAUGGACUUUUCUGAUGAUAAUGCUCGAGUUGUUAUAGUAGUUGGUAUCCCAUUUCCAAACAUACUUGAUAUUCAAGUUCGCCUAAAGAAGAGCUAUAAUGAUACAUACAAGACGUCCAAAAACCUUCUUAGUGGGAAUGAAUGGUAUUGCUACCAAGCAUUCCGAGCUUUGAAUCAAGCUAUAGGACGCUGUAUACGACAUAGGUUUGACUAUGGGGCCAUCAUCCUACUAGAUGAACGUUAUAAGAAGGAGCAGAACAGAAUGUACAUUUCAAAGUGGCUAAGAAAAUCAAUUUGCCAGUACGAUAGUUAUAGCAUGUCAAUAGAGGGGUUAAAAUCCUUUUUCAGGGAUGUCAAGGAAAACAUAGGCAAGAAGAUGGUUGAUCAAUUACCAAAUUCUGAAACUGAGGGGCAAAAGAUCUCGCCUAGAGAACCUGCCAACGGGUUUACAAGGAAAAAAAAUCAGAAACUGAACAAGUCUGAUAAUUGUGCAGGGAAACUAGUCUCCUCGAUGAAGUGCAAUGCCAUCUCUCAUCUUAAGUCCCAAGAUUACAUUGAACAGUCAUAUAUGCAAAUAGAUCAGGAUAUUGACAGUCGGAGAGAAAUUACUGAUGUAGAACGUGAUUUUCCGAAAGAGUCAAGGUUCUUGGAGGAAUCUUCCCAGGAAGAUCCAGAGAUGACCCUUGUUAAAGAAACCCCGGGAAUGGGCUUCAAUGGUACAACAGCUAGUUCAGGUUCCUUCUCAAAGGAUGGGAAUUCUAGUUUAACCAUGAUUCAGGCCUCUGUUGAGCAUACGGACCAGGAGUCAUCUUAUUCAGUGUCUCUAACAAACGCAAGUAAAGAUCCUGGCAAAGCCUGCUGUUCAUUGGCAGUAACUCCCAAGAAAGACUUCAAUGCAAACACCUGCAGCCUGAUACCAGAAGCUGAGUCUACUCUUAAUUUGAGUGUUAAUUCUCAUACACAGAAAAAGAGGCAGCCCAUAGGCUUGCCAUUUAUUAACCUUGUUGAAGGACCUGAUUCCCCCGAUAUGGAAUCUCCUGGCUGUUUUAGAUCCACAACUGAUACAAUGGCCAGUAAAGAUGCAAAUCGCAGGAUUGAAUUUGAUUUGGCGACUGACUCUGCAGAACACCAGUCCAUGGAAUCAAAAGCGCCACGAGUCCUCCCAACAAAUAAUUGUGCUCCAUCAAGCAUCAAUUCUGAUCCUGUCAUGGAUCAGAAAUUACAAAUUUCUUGUUCACUCUGCAAAAGUCCAUUGGGUCUUCCUGAAAAUCAAUUAUAUGUCAGAUGCUCAUUGACUUCGACAUCAAAAAUUCACUUAACGUCUCUAGGAAAAGAAAGAUUUGAAUAUUGCAGCAACAAUACAAAAAGCGUACCUGUUCUCAUGGCUGAUAUUGCAUCAGUAGAUCAGCGUCUUUACAAUAUUACUCUUAAAGAUAAUCCAGGGCGAGGGGUUUGGUGCGAAGAAGAUGGGUGUGUUUUCAAUUCUAUCUAUUGCCCGUUCUGCAGCAGUUCUAAUUGCCUUGGAGUACAAAUCAUGGCGACUGAUGCAUCAAAUGUUCAAUUACUUAAUAAGAUAUUGUUUUAUUUUGAUGGUCUGGAAAUUCAGAAUCUGGAAGCAUCAACAGACAGAGCAUCAAAGCAAAAGGAAGUUCAUAGCCCAAGCAUGGAUAAAACUGCUGCUUUUAACUCCAUUGAUAGAUUCUCAUACUCCCCGCAUCAGAAUUCUGGAGGUUGGAGGACUACAAGGCCAAAGCUGAAACUACCAAAGAGAGACCGGCUUUUGAACGGACAAAGUCAAAAUUGAUGCAGGGCGUCACAUUGUACAUUGCAUCUAGCCAACUUAAAUGGAUAAUUUUGCUUGAUCUUUUUAACUUAUAGUGAUAAUUAUGACACAUGUGGGUCAGAUCAACCUUCUCUGUCAAGUGUAUAUGACGGGGUGUACAUGGGACAUUGUAAACUAAAUGCAGAGCAACAGUUUCUUCAAUAACUGGAUACUGUAUUCAAUUAAUUGCUGUGAGCUCUGACUGCGUAUACAUACCAUCAGAUGUCAACAUUCCCUCUAAUGAAGUUGACCUCACUGAAGGGGAUUCAUUAGCAGGAUGGGACAAUUUUGGCU